AUGUCGGCCCCUUCGUUGAAACGUCCUCGGAUAACUUAUGAAAAUGAUGAACACGACGAAGCUUCGGUGGCAUCUUGUGAGCAUCCCCGUCAUAAUCCCCUUUAUGGCCAGAAGAACGCAUUCCCGGGGUUGGACGAUGGAGGCGAUGACCUACUCUCCAACGACCCGGACGAUGGAUUGGAAUACUUGCGCGUGGUUCGAUUCGAAGCAAACUCACUACCGAUACUUUUCUCUGCACCUACUCCGACCACAGACCCUUCAAAAGUAGCAUCAAAUAUGCAACCAGAUUUGACGCUAGUUGAACCGAAUGACCCUCAUCUACUACCAGGCUUUUACGAGGACGAAGCCUACAUUGCGCCUGUGGAGGAGAACACAAACAACGCCGCAAAUUCCCCUUCAAAGCUCGAUGAGCUCUAUCCUGAAGCGCAAAAUUCCUACAACAAUCUUCUGCGACAUCGAUUCCUCCUCUUGCGAUCGACCCUAAAAUGCAGUCCACCUGCCAGUGCUAUCAAUACCCUCGACAAUGACCACCCUAUCAGUCUGCCCCGAAAGGCCGGAUCUGCGCACAAAACAUGGCGCCGGCUCUUGGUCACAGUCGAACCACGUAUGGUCCAACUGGCAAGCAUGGACAUGGACAGCGUGUUAGAAGUACUGGAAAUACUAGCACGGAUGAUGUCUGAUGUUGUGCGCGGCGACGACACUCAGCGCGUACGGCGCAUUGGGGCUUGGGCUUGGGGCCUAUUGGGAAGGUGCCGUGAGGUUGGACAACUUUCCACCCGAGAGGUGGGUGUUAUUCGAAAUCUGGGCAAACGAGCUGCGACUAUCUUGCGCAAGGUGCAAGAGUUAGAGAACGAGGAGUAUGAGGAGGAGGCCGAUUAUUCUGUGGCAGGCCCAGCAAAGGACAAAACCCAACAGGGUGAUCUCGUCGAGGAUGAGAAAGAUACCAAGGCAGAAGCUCAGCAGAGAUCUACAGUCCAGAAUGAGGAAGCGACCAAGCAGGAAACUCAACCGGAACCUACAUUUCAAGGCGAGGAGAACAAGGAAGAGGCUCAGCGUGAGCCUCCAGUUCCAAAUGAAGCGGGAAGCAAGCAAGCGAAAUUGCCGGAGACUGACGCAUUAUCGCUUGAAGAAUCCGACUUGGAAGCAGCCAAGGCGCGCUUGCGAGCUCGGCUGCUGCAGAACGAUUCCCUGCAGACCAAUUCCGACUCUGUCGAGACGCCUGGUAGCUGGGAAGAAGAAGAAGAAGAAGAAGACGACGAUUGGUCGAUACAGACUCAUGCCGUGCUCGAUAUGAUCAUUAUGGUGGUUGGUGAGUUCUUUGGCCAGCGGGAUCUUUUGGAGGAACGAGAGAUCUGGGAAUAG